GAAAAUAAACCUCGCCUCAAAAAGUCAAGUGUCAACAGGUCAGGCCAUUCACGGCUCGAGCAUGAUCAACCUACAAAUCAUUCAUCCGCCAAACCGUAACGAUGUCUCCUAACCCCUAGCGACACGUUGUACUGCUGAAAAUUUUAACCAGAACGUCUCCUAAAUUAGCAUCACCGAGCUACAUAAGCACCGCUGAAAUGCCAACAAGAUCAUCCUCUCCACAGCCAAGACAACAGCAGAAGCAUCAGCAACAAAGAGCCAUCAUGGAGAAGAAGUUAUCGCCAUUGAUGGAUCUCAAUGCGCCGCUGGCCAUGGUGAUCCUCCUCCUGCUGCUCGCGUUCAUGGCGGGCGAGGCGGACGCGCAGGUGUUCUGCCGGUCCCAGUUCAACCUGGCCAACGAGGCGUGCAGCCUGAGGUCCUUCCCCGGCGCCAACCCGGCGCUGCCCCGGCGGCUGCUCAACGCGUCCUCGUCCGCCGGCUACGAGCUGCAGUCGGCCCGCGACGAGCACGGCGGCAGCGGCCAUGGCAGCGAGCACGGCAGGGAGCACAGAAGCGAGCACGGCAGCGGCGACCACGGCAGCAGCCACCACCACGGGCACCACGGGCACGUAGGAGGGGCCGACCCCUACGACACGGCGUGCUGCCGGCGCCUCAUGGGCAUCGACAAUGCCUGCAUCUGCCAGGCCAUGUCCUUCCUCCCGGUCUUCAUGAGCAGGGUCAAGCACGCCAUCAAGCUCACCCCCGUCCCCGGAUGCGACAUCUCCUUCGAGUGCGCCGCCGUCAACUGAACGCCCCCGGCCGCCCGCCGGAGCAGCCGAGGCAGUUAAACUGAAAAGUAGUGGUCUUGCAGCAAUUUUCCAUUUCCUGGUUACUAUCUUUGGCAACAACUCACAGCUUGUUAUACCCUUACAAGUUUUUUGUUAAGAAA